UCUCCUUCUCCCCCGCUGCUGCCUCCGACCGCUUCGCUUCGCUGCUGCUGCCUCCCGAGACCCGGUCUAGGGUUUUACCUCUGACCUCCCUCCCCCUCCCCCUCGCUCGCGCCCCCGACCCCUGCAGCUCCGCCGGCAGCCUCUGGAGUGCCCGUACCCGAAGGCCCCGAGUGCGGUGGGUUUGGGACGGAGGGCGGGGAGAUACAAUGAGGCCGGUGUUCUGCGGCAACUUCGACUACGACACGCGCCAGGCCGACCUGGAGCGCCUCUUCUCCAAGCACGGCCGCAUCGCCCGCAUCGACAUGAAGUCCGGAUAUGCUUUUAUAUACUUUGAAGACGAGCGUGAUGCAGAGGAUGCAAUAAAGCGGCUUGCCAAUGCUGAUUUUGGCUAUAACAGGCGCAGGCUCUCUGUAGAGUGGUCAAGGCAAGUUGAACCGGUGCCGAAGAACCGUGAUAGGCCUACAGGGGAUGCAAAGCCGACGAGAACCCUCUUUGUUAUCAACUUUGACCCCCUCCGCACAAAAAUCCAAGACAUUGAGAGGCAUUUUGAACCGUAUGGAAAGAUCUCUAACAUUCGAAUUCGAAAGAACUUCGCUUUCGUACGGUAUGAGACACAGGAGGAAGCCAGCGUAGCGGUCAAGCACACUGAUAAGAGCUCGAUAUUGGAUAGGGUACUGACUGUUGAAUACGCCUUCCGGGAUGAUGACAAUGAAAGAGAUGACAGAUACAGCAGUCCCAAGCGAGGUGAUGAUAGAUACAGCAGUCCCAGACGAGGCGACGACAGAUAUGUCAGUACCAGACGAGGUGACGACAGAUAUGUUAGUCCCAGACGAGGUGAUAACAGAUAUGGCAGUCCAAAAAGAGCUGAGCGGGGCAGGGCCCGCGGUAGUCCUUACAUGCGCUCCCCUAGCCCUAGGUACCGAAGAGAUUACAGUCCAGAUUAUGACCGCCGUCCACGUAAUGCCGGAUACGAUCGUCCUCGUGAGGGAGCACCAUAUGGUAGGAGCAGAAGCCCUGUCUAUGCCCGUUAUGACAGAGGCAGGAGCCCUGGCUAUGGUCGUUACUAGUUGAUUGAUUUCAGUGGAUCUUGAAGGGAACACAAGGAGAAUGGAUUGGUACGCUUGACCUGUUUUAGUGUGCUAAAAGAGCGAGGGAAGCGCUGCGGGAUGCUAUAGUUGCCCCUUUUCAUAUGAACACCUUGUGUAUCUGAGAUGAAUAGCUAUGUGCAUUCCAUGGAUCAAGUGCCUGCCCAUUGUCACCCGGCUGUUUUGAGUGAUUAUUACUAGAGUUGAUUUUGAUCAUGUACUCUGUUACUGUCUCCUGACGAACUAAUGCUGUGAAUCUCUCUGCAUUUCAUUUGAUGAAACAUGUCACGUAGAGAAUUAUUUUGCUGU